AUGACCCCUGCCUACUACUACUACUACUACUACUACUACUACUACUACUACUACUACUACUACUACUACUACUACUACUACUACUACUACUACUACUACUACUACUACUACUACUACUACUACUACUACUACUACUACUACUACUACUACUACUACUACUACUACUACUACUACUACUACUACUACUACUACUACUACUACUACUACUACUACUACUACUACUACUACUACUACUACUACUACUACUACUACUACUACUACUACUACUACUACUACUACUACUACUACUACUACUACUACUACUACUACUACUACUACUACUACUACUACUACUACUACUACUACUACUACUACUACUACUACUACUACUACUACUACUACUACUACUACUACUACUACUACUACUACUACUACUACUACUACUACUACUACUACUACUACUACUACUACUACUACUACUACUACUACUACUACUACUACUACUACUACUACUACUACUACUACUACUACUACUACUACUACUACUACUACUACUACUACUACUACUACUACUACUACUACUACUACUACUACUACUACUACUACUACUACUACUACUACUACUACUACUACUACUACUACUACUACUACUACUACUACUACUACUACUACUACUACUACUACUACUACUACUACUACUACUACCGCCGCAUGUCGGUGACAUGA